UAUGGCGAUGGCGGUGGCAGUGUUUCAUCCAGAUAGAUUGAGGUGUUCUUCUUCACACAAGCAGCAAGAGUUCGUCUCCAGUGCUCCAGAGCUUGUGCUCAAGAAGGGCGGCCACAAUUACUGGCAGUGGCAAGAGCACAAGAUUCACUACGUUCGUCAGGGCCAUAAAGGAGUGCCAAUUCUACUCGUCCAUGGCUUUGGAGCAUCUGUUUAUCACUGGAGAUACAACAUCCCCGAGCUUGCCAAAACUCACGAAGUUUUUGCGUUGGACCUCCUGGGAUUUGGAUGGAGUGACAAGGCCUUGAUCGAGUAUGAUCCACAGCUAUGGAGCCGCCAGAUCGCGGACUUCGUCAAGCAAGUUGUCAAGAGACCCGCUGUGAUUGUUGGAAACAGCAUUGGUGGGCUUACUUCUCUCCAGACCGCAGUGCUCUAUCCCGACCUCGUCGCAGCACUGGCUUUGGUAAACCCGGCUGGUCGUUUCCAGAGUAGAAAAGCUCGGGUGAUUGUCGAGAAACCAACGAAGAACACGGCUGGAUGGCCGGCGUUUUUGAAAGCUAGAGACUGGGCAAGGCGUGAAGCGCUACUGUUUGUUUUCAAGCAGCUGAAUCAACGCUCGCGAAUCCAGGCAGCACUAAACAACGUGUAUAGAGACAAGAGCCAUGUGGACGAGUUUCUUAUCGAUUCUAUACUCGAGCCUGCCGCGGAUCCAAACGCAGCAGAGGUGUUUUACAGGAUGAUCUCUCGCUUCUUGUUCCAGCCAUCUGAUUUAUCCCUGGAGAAACUUCUGCGAGAUUUGGAUUGUCCGCUGCUAGUGCUGUGGGGAGAGUCGGAUCCACUGGCCCCGUCUUCGAAAGCUGACAAGAUCCAAGCUCUUUACAACGACGCAACGCUCGUGAAGCUCCAAGCCGGACACUGUCCUCACGACGAGAUACCAACGCAAGUGAACGAGAGACUCGCUUUGUGGAUUGCCUCGCUUGAGAAUCUGUCGUAGCAAAGCUCUCUCUCGGGAUGUGGUGACGAAGAGCCUGUGGUUUUCAAAGCGAGAGCUACCAUAAAGCUUUGGCUGUGCUUGCAACUCUUUUUGAGUUUGGGUCUUCCGCUCGCAUCCAUCUCCCAGUUCCAGGAUCUCUUACGAACCUUCGGCUCUCUCGGUUUGGAAAUGCGUGUUCCCAGUC